AUGGCCCAUGCUGCCAGCUGGCUCAUCGUCUUCUCCGUUACGCCCUCUGCGGCUCUGCCCCUCUCCAAACCUUUCAAUCUCCCCGCCCAAAUUGCCCGCGCCCUCCCCAAAACUCCAUUCCCCGACCUUUCGCCGAGCUUCUCCAAUGCCCCGGCGGUGGAUGUCUGCGCCACCGCGGCUCGCCGCGGCUGGAGAAAGAGAGGCCCGCUCCAGCGCCCGCGCAGGCGGCGCCGUGGGGCGUGGGGGUGGACCCAGGUGGCGGCGGCGUGGGGGGGCGGUGUCCGCGCGGGCGAGGGGUGCUCACGACAGGCGGACGAGUCCAAGGCCGUGGGGGACCGAUUCAUCGAAUCCUUCACCAGGAGGCAGCGGGAGAAGGAGAGGGCUGCAGCGGAGGUGGCACUGGCACCGGCUGGUGGCCGGGGGCACCCUGCAGCUCGUGCUGGCAAGGGGUGCUCGGGUCGGGGUCGGGGCAAGCGUGCUGGCAAUGGAUGCUCCCGUCGGCCCAAUGUGGAGGUUGAGUAUGAUCCCUGCGCCGUCGCCCUGGACCACGAGGCUGUGAAGACAUGGAUCUAUCCAACUAAUGUAGAAGUCCGAGAGUACCAGAAGUAUAUGGUUGCAAAGGCUCUGUUUACGUUAAUAGCUUUGCCAACUGGACUUGGCAAAACUUUUAUUGCUGCGGUAGUGAUGUACAACUACUUUCGAUGGUUUCCUGAAGGGAAAAUCAUAUUUACUUGCCCUUCACGUCCUUUUGUUACUCAGCAAAUUGAGGCAUGUUACAAUACAGAGUGGAUAAUAGAUAUGAAAGGAGGUCUUUGCCCUUCCACUCGAUCAGUUCACUGGAAGUCAAAGCGAGUGUUCUUUGUCACUCCACAAGUUCUUCAGAAUGAUAUACAAUCUGGUAUAUGCAUGGUACAGCAAAUAGUUUGCUUAGUGAUAGAUGAGGCUCAUAAAGCAUCAGGAAAUUAUGCUUACUGCAUGGUUAUCCGAGAGUUGCUGGCAUCUCGUGUGCCUUUAAGGAUUUUAGCUCUAACUGCUACACCAGGAUCCAAGCAGUCAAAGAUCCAAAGUGUUAUAGACAAUUUAAGCAUUUCGGAGCUAAUUUAUUGUGAUGAAGAGGAUUCUAGAGUGAACCAGUAUGUUAACACACGCAAAGUUGAAGUUGUGCAGGUCCCUUCUGGCAGUGAUGCUACUCAAGUUGCUGAUAUGCUUUUGGAUAUUGUGCGCCCACAUCUUAAUCGAUUGCAUGAUGCUGGUGUGAUUGACCAUCGGGAUUAUGCAAAUUGGACCCAAUAUGAACUGCUGAAAUUUAAGGAUAAAUUCAAGGAAGCACCCCCACCAAAUAUCCAUGAAAUUGAGAGAGGGGAAACUGAAAGGUCUUUUGUAAUUCUUGGCCCACUUUGUCACACAAGGAGGUUGCCUUUGAGCCAUGGAACCCAAUUUGCACAUGGGUAUCUUGACAAGAAGUUGAAGGGAGGGUACUGUCUUCACACUUUUGCUACAUAA